GCUUGAUCCCUGACACCGUGUCUGAGCGUGCCCAUGGUUUGUUAGAGCCACCCGUUUAUCCAUCCACAGCAGCAUGGACCCAUGCGUUCUGCUUUGCUCUUACAUAGGAACCGACUCCACCAGCAAGGAGCGAAGACUCCAAGGUACACCAAGUCCGUCCUCGAUGUCACCGCCUUGGCGGACGUAUAUCUUCAGGCUACACUUUUGAACAUCUCCGUUUCUAUGGCUCGGAGCUGAAAUUUACCCAAAUAUCUUAUUGACGACCUCGACGACUAUCGACGAUGAUCAAGCUCGCAUCUCUUGCACUUUGUCAUGCCGUUCUCAGUUUCAGCAAUUUUCAGGCCUUGGCUGCGGUCACAAACACGUCCAAGGCUGGUUUAGCCUGGCCUAACGGCAAUUAUGUCGACAUUAAGCAGUUUCUGAGCACGGAAAAGGUCUCAUGGUACUAUACCUGGGGCCCUUGGCCGAUCGAAGCAGACAUAGAGUUUGUGCCCAUGCUCUGGGGAUCUGACCAGGUAUCCCAGUUCAACUCAUCAAUCGACGGCACCGUGUCUAAACAACACGUAACAGCAGUACUGGGGAUGAACGAACCCCAACAAUCUACUCAGUCAAACUUGACACCAUCUCAAGGUGCAGAGAUAUGGACACAGUAUAUCCAGCCUCUGCAUGGAAAGGGCCUUCGUCUAGGCACUCCUGCCCCCACCAGUGCUCCGGACGGGAAGACAUGGAUACAGGAAUUCAUGUCUUUGUGUGCCAAUUGCACCAUCGACUUUGUGGCUCUUCAUUGGUAUGAUGUUAAUGCGACCGCCUUCCAAGAGUACAUCGAAGACUUUUACAACACCUUUCAUUUACCAAUCUGGGUGACAGAGUGGGCGUGUCAGAACUUCAACAACGUAGAUGACCAGUGCUCGUAUGAAGAUAUUCAACAAUUUCUGGCCCAAACGCAAUCGUUCAUGGACAAUGCGUCCUAUGUUGAGCGCUAUGCCUGGUUUGGGGCAAUGGAGAACCUUCAGGGAGUCAAUCCAGACGAUGCUCUAAUGACCAGCUCCGGUAAAAUAAACGAACUCGGUGUACAAUAUAUUGGAGGAAAUGCCACUGUUAUCCUUAGCGGCAUCUCAAGCGUUCGCCUUGACCCAACGUGCAAUUUGAGGACACUGCAAUUCACCGUCAUUUUCACCGUUGUCACAUCACUACUUCUGUACUUUGCAUAG